GACACCUGAGCCCCACGGCCUGCACCCUGAGGAAGCACAAGACCAACAGGAAGCCCCGCACGCCGUUCACCACCUCGCAGCUGCUGGCUCUGGAGCGCAAGUUCCGCCAGAAGCAGUACCUGUCCAUCGCCGAGAGGGCCGAGUUCUCCAGCUCCCUCAACCUCACAGAGACCCAGGUCAAAAUCUGGUUCCAGAACCGGAGGGCCAAGGCCAAGAGACUGCAGGAGGCCGAGCUGGAGAAGCUCAAAAUGGCAGCCAAGCCCAUGUUGCCCUCGGGGUUCAGCCUCCCUUUCCCCAUCAACUCCCCCAUCCAGGCUGCCUCGCUGUACGGCACAUCCUACCCUUUUCACAGACCUGUGCUCCCCAUCCCGCCCGUUGGACUCUACGCCACUCCCGUUGGAUACAGCAUGUACCACUUAUCCUAAGAAGAUCCGACAGACAAAGCCUCAGACAGACAGACAGACAGACAGACAGACUUCCUGGUGGAUCCUGUCCAGCCCUGAGAAGGCAGAACCCCAACCAGUACUGGCCAUUCCUUCUGCACGCUUCUAUCUGGCAUCCUGAGUUGUUCUGGGAGUUUGCUACGGGUUGGGCGUCUCCUGAGAGUGCUCUGAGCACUCAGAGUCUGCUCCUCAAAGCAAAAAAAAAAAAAAAACCAAAAAAAGCAUAAAAAUCAACAAAAAAAUUUAUUUGUGAGUAAAUGUAGGGGUUUUAUCCAGUGCAAGUAAAACUAGGUUAAAAAAAGAGUGGGUGAAAAAGCAAAUUUAUCAUACGGAGGCAGAAAUUCCCUGACACCUUCCUGGCGCGGCCCAAUGGGUUUAAAAUGAGAGGGGUGAGUGCCCUUGAGCCAUGCUCUAAGUUACCAUCCCCUCACCUGGGGGCAGGGGGGAGGGAAAUAAAAAGGUCUAAUCGAAGUUUUGUUGUUUGGUUCGUUCUUUUGAAGACAGCAGAGCCCGUAGCUAGAGACGUGUAAAUAGAAACUAGAGCCGGUGGAGUCUCAGUGGAGUUCAGAGCCAGCAAAUUCCUGCAUUUCUGGGGGGAGGGAAAAGUUUUGCAUCCCGAACCUCGGCGAGAUGAGCAGCAGGGCCCCUAAAUGUAGAGCCCAGCUUUGCCCAGCGUGGCUCCUGUGAUGCCUUUCUGUGUAUAAAUAGCUUCAGCCUUUGUAAAGCACUGGCAGGGGAGGUGAAGAGCAAGGGAGGGCUCUUAGGCAGGCUGGUUUUUAUCUCUUCCUAUUGGCAUGCUUAGAAACUUUUGGCUGUAGCCAGGUAAUCUUGGCUGUGCAAUGCUCUUGGAAAAGCUGGAGAGAAGGGAGAAAGACGUGGGUUGUUCCCAGAAAGGAUUGUUGAAUCAUUCCGGGGGAUGUUAUGGGGUUUUUAUGAUUUGUGUUUGCCACAGCCUGUGUUAAAGAGAAGAACCCCGUGAGUUUUCUUCCAUUCUGAGGAUGCCAAUAGAAGUGACUCGUGCUUUGAGCCCUUCCAAAGAGAGAUCCGGGUGUCACAAUCACCCCAUGAGCAGGGCAGAGGGGUGACAGAGACUGUGUGACCUGCCUGUCCCCGUGGUGGGAGCUCUGGCAGCAGCUUCUCCUUGUAACUCUUGUAUUAUUUGUAUUACUCUUGCUAAACUUUAUGAGGAAGUUACUCCCAAGGCUGUGGAGCACUGAAGUCAGAGCUUCUCCUGGAUUUAUUUUCUUAGCAUGCUGUUGUGGAGGAAAGAAAUGAAACA